AUGGCCACUGCGGAGGCGACUGGCGCGAAGAGUACUGCCAAGUUGACGUACUUUGUCAACCUGGAGAAGGAGGUGCAGGCAAAGUGGGCCGAGGAGAAGGUUUUUGAGGUGGAUCCGCCGGCGGCUGGCUCGACGGACGCCACCACUGAUGCCGGCAAGUACCUGGCCACCUUUCCCUACCCUUACAUGAAUGGACGAUGCCACAUUGGCCAUACCUUUUCGCUUUCCAAACUGGAGUUCACCAUUGGAUACUUUCGCCUGAAGGGCAAGCGGUGCCUGCUGCCAUUCGGCUUCCACUGCACCGGGACGCCCAUCAAGGCUUGUGCUGAUAAGCUGAAGCGUGAGGUGGAAAUGUACGGCUACCCGCCGGUCUUUCCCGAAGACGAUGAAGGGACCGCCUCGAAGAAGGAAGAGGCGCCCACUGAGCUUGUAAUCAAGGACAAGUCAAAGAGUAAGAAGAGCAAACUGAUCGCCAAGGCGGGCACGGCCAAGUUCCAGUGGCAGAUUAUGCGCUCCCUCGGCCUGGAGGACGAGGAGAUCAAGGAUUUCAUCGACGCCAAUCACUGGCUGACCUACUUUCCCGAGAAGUGGCAGGAGGACCUGCGCAAGUUUGGCCUUCGUGCCGACUGGCGUCGGUCGUUCAUCACCACCGACAUCAAUCCCUACUACGACUCCUUUGUCCGAUGGCAGUUUAAGCACCUGAAGGAGCGCAACAAGAUCGAUUUUGGCAAGCGGUACUCCAUCUACUCGCCCAAGGACAGCCAGCCUUGCAUGGACCACGACCGCUCCUCCGGCGAGGGCGUCGAGCCGCAAGAGUACACGCUGAUCAAGAUUGAGCUCCUGGAGCCGGCGGCCACGGUGAAGAGCCUCGCCGGUGGCGGCGUGCUCAAGGACGGCGACCGGGUCUUCCUGGUGGCGGCCACCCUGCGCCCGGAGACGAUGUACGGGCAGACGAACUGCUGGCUGAAGCCGGACAUGCGCUACAUUGCCUACCAGACGAAGGUCGACGGCGAGGUGUUCAUCUCCACGCGACGGUCCGCCCUGAACGCCGCCUACCAGGGCCUGACGACGGAGUUUGGCCAGUACGAGGUGCUGGCGGAGAUUGAGGGCAGCGAACUGAUUGGCGCCCGGCUGAGGGCGCCCCUCUCCAAAUACGAGGUCGUCUACGCACUGCCGAUGCUCACCAUCAAGGACGACAAGGGCACCGGGGUGGUCACCAGUGUGCCCUCCGACUCGCCGGACGACUACGCCGCACUGAUGGACCUGAAGAACAAGGAGGCGCUACGGUCGAAGUACGGCCUGCCUGAUGAGGCGGUGCUGCCCUUUGAUCCGGUUCCCAUCAUUGAGAUUCCCGAGUACGGCAACCUCUCUGCGGUGGCCGUCUGCGAGGAGUUCAAGAUCAAGAGCCAGAAUGACACGGAGAAGCUGGCGCAGGCGAAGGCCAAGGUCUACCUUUCGGGCUUCUACGAGGGUGUCAUGCUCGUCGGUGAGCACAACGGCAAAAAGGUCUCUGAGGUGAAGCCCAUAAUCCAGGAGAUGCUGCGCUCCAGCGGACAGGCGGUCAAGUACAUGGAGCCGGAGAAGACGGUCAUCUCCCGAUCCGGGGAUGAGUGCGUCGUCGCCCUCUGCGACCAGUGGUUCCUCGACUACGGCGAGGCGGGUUGGCUGGCGGAGACCACCAAGGCGCUGGACCAACUGGAGACGUACACCGACGAGGUGCGGAAGAACUUCAAGGUGACACUGGGCUGGCUGAAGGGCCACGCCUGCAGUCGGCAGUACGGCCUGGGCAGUCGCCUGCCCUGGGCGGAGGAGUGGCUCAUUGAGUCGCUCUCCGAUUCGACGAUCUACAUGGCCUACUACACCGUCGUCCACCACCUGCAGGGCGGGAAGCUCAACGGGCAGGGCGAGUGUUCGCCGCUGGGCAUCGCCGCCGAGCAGAUGACGCCCGCCGUCUGGGACUACGUCUUCUUCCCGAACGCCCCGCCGCCGGCGGACAGCACCAUCCCCCGGGAGAAGUUGGACAUUCUCAAGCGUGAGUUUGAGUACUGGUACCCGCUGGACCUGCGCGUCUCCGGGAAGGACCUGGUGCCGAAUCACCUCACCUACAUGCUCUACAAUCACACGGCCAUGUGGCCGGGCAUGCCGCAGUACUGGCCGCGCAGCGUCCGCGCCAACGGCCACCUCCUCCUCAACAACGAGAAGAUGUCCAAGUCGACGGGCAACUUUUUGACGCUCGCCGAGGCGAUUGAGCGCUACUCCGCCGACGGGGUUCGCUUUGCUCUGGCUGACGCGGGAGAUGGCGUCGAGGACGCCAACUUUAUUGAGAAGCAGGCGGAGAAUGGCAUGCUGAAGCUGCACGCCUUUAUCAGCUGGGCGAAGGAGGUGGUGGAGGGCCCACCGGAAGCGUACCGCAGCGAGGCGGAGCCGCUGAGCAGCUUUGAGGAUCGCGCCUUUAGCAGUCUGAUGGACGAACUGAUUCAGCGCACCGACGCCCACUACAGCGGGCUGCUCUUUAAGGAGGCGCUGAAAAGCGGCUUCUUUGAGUUUCAAGACGCCCGCGACAAGUACCGCGAGCUGAGCGCCCGCACCGGCAUGCACCGCGGCCUGCUGCUGCGCUUCAUUGAGGCGCAGGCAGUGAUGCUGGCGCCCAUCUGUCCGCACACGGCGGAGCACAUCGUCCGCGAUGUGCUGGGCAGGAAGGAAGGCACCGUCCAGAGCGCCCCCUGGCCUGCCUCGGGCACGCCCGAUCGGAGCAUCAUUCAGAGCUUCAACUACUUCUUUGAGGCGUGUCACUCCUUUCGCGUGCGCUACAAGAACUACCUGGUGGUGGCCGGCAAGAGCGUCAAGGGUAAACCGGCAGCAGCAGUGGCCAAGCCGACGCACGGCACCGUCUACGUGGCGCGCACCUUUCCCAAGUGGCAGUCCAUCAUUCUCACCACGCUCAAGGCGAUGUUUGCGGAAAACAAUCGCACGCUGCCCGAGAACAACGUCAUCGCCGCCAAGCUGGGCAAGAUUGCCGACCUGAAGAAGUACAUGAAGAAGGUGAUGCCCUUUGCGGAGAUGAGAAAGAAAAUGUUCCUCACCUCCGGCGAGGAGGUCUUUGAGGACACGGCGCCCUUUGACGAGAUGCAGGUGCUCACCUCGAAGAGCGACUACCUGGUGGCCACCCUCGACCUGGUGGGCAUUGAGUUCAAGUACGCCGAUGAGGCGGACGCCCGCAUUCAGGAGGACUGCUACACCUCCAAGGUGACCUUCAGCCGGUACGCUGACCCGGUGAUGGGCCCCAGGACCUUUCCCUCGCCGGAGACCUUUGAGAAGCUGCAGGUGGCCGUCGACCCGGCCUCCACCUUGGCGGUGGACCUACAGGCAAAGACUGUCUCGCUGGUGGAAGCCGAUGGGAAGACUGUUGAUCUCGGCAAUCGACUCAUCUACCAGCUCUAA